CAUUUUUAUUUUUCUAAUUCUGUUUACAAAACCCAGUCAGUAAAAUCCAGUUUUAAGAUCCCCUCCCUUUAAUCAUUUCUCUAUAACCCAUGUUCUAGUACUGUUAAAAACAGAAACUCACCCAUCUCUUCCAACACCCCCCAACAGCCUCAAUCCAAAGUUUAUUGAUGUGGGUCUCUUGCUAUUUGGUAUUAGAUGGAUACCUUGUUUAGACUUGUAAGUCUCCAAUCAUCCGAUCAAUCUUUCAACUCUAGCAGAACUUCUAGCAGCUCUAGAUCCUCUAGACAAAACCAUCACUACCAACAAGAAGACGAAGAAUGCUUCAACUUUUUCAUGGAUGAAGAAGACUUCUCUUCGUCUUCUUCUAAACACUACUAUCCUUAUCACCAUCAUCAACAACACCAACCCCACCCUUCUACCACCACCACGACUCCCACAACCACCACUACGAACACUUCUACCCCCACCACUCACCAUGCUUUCGACCCUUCUGAUUUCUCUUUCUCCCCUGUUCGUGACCUAAGCUUCGAUUUCUCCGGCAAGUGGGCUACCGAUAUCCUCCUGGAAACAGCAACCGCUAUUGCUGAUCGAAACAGCGCCCGUGUCCAGCAGCUCAUGUGGAUGCUCAACGAGCUUAGCUCACCUUACGGUGACACCGACCAAAAACUCGGUUCUCACUUUCUUCAAGCCUUGUUUAGCCGCAUGACCGACUCUGGUGAGCGUUGCUAUCGAACUUUAGCCUCAGUAUCUGAAAAAACCUGUUCUUUCGAGUCAACAAGAAAGAUGGUAUUGAAGUUUCAAGAGGUAAGUCCUUGGACUACUUUUGGUCACGUAGCUUGUAAUGGUGCAAUCAUGGAAGCUUUCGAAGGUGAAAGCAAAUUACACAUAAUUGAUAUUAGCAACACUUAUUGCACCCAGUGGCCUACUUUGCUUGAAGCCCUUGCUACCCGCACCGAUGAAACCCCGCAUUUAAGGCUAACCACUAUUGUUGCUAGCAAAACCGGCGCCGUUUCAGGUGCUGCAGGAGCUGGAGGCUUGGUUGCAGUCCAAAAAGUAAUGAAAGAAAUAGGAAACAGGAUGGAAAAGUUUGCUAGGCUUAUGGGAGUUCCCUUUAAAUUCAAUGUGAUACACCAUGCUGGUGAUUUAUGUGACUUAGAUUUAUCAGAACUUAAUAUCAAAGAAGAUGAAGCCUUGGCCAUCAACUGUGUUGGCACAUUACAUUCGAUCACAGCCGUUGACAAUCGUAGAGAUAUUAUGAUAUCAAAUUUCAGGAGAUUGCAGCCAAGGAUAAUCACGGUUGUUGAAGAAGAAGCUGAUCUUGAUGUUGGGGUUGAUGGGCUGGAGUUCGUUAAGGGAUUCCAAGAAUGUUUAAGAUGGUGUAGGGUUUACUUUGAAGCCUUGGAUGAGAGUUUUGCCAGAACAAGCAAUGAAAGGUUGAUGCUGGAACGAGCAGCGGGUCGAGCCAUAGUUGACUUGGUGGCUUGUCCACCGUCCGAGUCCAUCGAGAGGCGCGAGUCAGCCACGCGCUGGUCCAGACGGUUCCAUGCAAGUGGAUUUAGCCCGGUGGUUUUGAGUGACGAAGUGUGUGACGACGUACGCGCCUUGUUGAGAAGGUACAAAGAAGGUUGGUCAAUGGCACAGUGUCCUGACGCCGGAAUAUUCUUGUCUUGGAAGGAUCAGCCGGUGGUUUGGGCCAGUGCGUGGCGGCCUUGACGACGGCGGUAGGCUUUUUUGUGCAUGGAGAGUACUGCUUUUGGGAGUGAUUCACACGUGUGUUAUGUUUUUCUCGCACGUGUAAUGGGGAUUGGUAUUUUAUGGGGUUGGUUAAAUUACUUUGUGUUUAUGGAGGACACAAAGGGGAUAGAGGGAGGGGGGAGUGCAAGAAUUUGCUUUUGAUUUGAAUAGGAUUGGGAGUAAAAUUGAUUUUCACUAAUUAUUAAUCUUCGCUUUACCAUUUUGUGAUUAUUUUAGAAUUUUAUGGACAAAUAGGUUAUGGGGUUUUGAUCAUCUUCAAAUUGGAGAGAGCUUUAAUUUU